GCAGCUUCUUUGUCGAAAAUUUUCGGAGGAUCAUCAUAUCGUACUCCUGGUAAGUUUAUUCAAGUUACAUAUAAUACAGUAAUAAAAUAUGUUGGAGGUUUAGGGGUAUUAAACAAGAAACAUCGUUGGAAUAGCUCGGUGGUAACGUCUCAGGCUGUGAGAUCAGGUGACACAUGUUCAAAUUCAUUAAGAAGCACCAAUUCUCUCAAGAUUGUAGGGUACACCUUGCUGACGAGUGUUGUUUGGCGUGGAACCUAUGUUUUUCACGGUUUCCUCUCGACUAUCUCCAACCAUUGGACAUUUCAACAUAGUGCAUGGGUGUCGAGUCACUUGAACUAGUAGCCACUUCCCAACUUGACAAAUACGAUGUGAUCAAUAUUAAAGCAAUUAUUAAAUAUGGUAUUGGUCACCACUCAGUGACUGAUUAGUUUUAAAAUAAAUCUAAUUCUGUCCGAUGACUAUCGUCAACCAAUUUGUCAUGUAUGUUAUUAAUAUUUUAAAAAAUAUGUGUUUUUUUAGAUUUCGUACAAAUUUUAUUGAAUGAUCGCCAUCAUGAAAUGAAACAAGCUAUUUUGAACUAAAAUUCACUUGAUCAGAGAUCUUUGUUCAUUACUAUUAAAUUUAUCAUCAGCACUAACCUUUAACAAAAUACUUUGGGAUUUUUAGAUCUCACGAAUUCAUAACCUCAUUGAUACAUAUAAUGAAAUUCAGUCAGGUUUGUGUUGCAGCUCAUUGGUUCUCAGUAGUUCUUCAGUUAAAAUCUAUCUUUGGAUCAAGUUUGUAGAGGGAAAGAUGCUUUCAUUAUGCAUACUAAAAAUACAUGGCUUGGAUUUGUUAAUUUACUAAAAGAACAAAAUCUUAUGCCUGCGAUAGCGUUUACAUUCUCUCGAUCAUCCGCUGAAACAUUAGCUAAAAAUCUAUCAUCAGUAGACUUAACAAGUAAAUCUGAAAAACAACAAAUUACGAAGUUUUUCUCUACAAUUACUGGUCGCUUAAGAAAAUGUGAUCGAAAACUUGCUUCAGUUAAAUUUCUCCAUGAUUUAACUAGAAGAGGACUAGCUGUUCAUCAUAGCGGGAUGUUACCUAUAUUAAAAGAAACGGUGGAACUUUUAUUUAGAGCUGGUUUAGUGAAAAUUCUUUUUGCUACAGAAACAGUUUCUACAGGAGUUAAUACACCUGCACGUUGUGUAGUCUUUACGUCGCUUGAAAAAUUUGAUGGUCAUAUUAAACGUUCUUUGGAUCCAAGUGAAUUUACUCAAAUGGCUGGUCGAGCAGGUCGUCGUGGUAUAGACGCCAAAGGUCUUGUAAUUAUUUUGGUUAGUACUAUUGGUAAAUCGUUAAAAUCAUCUGUCACUGGUCUACCGACUGAGAGUCUUUUGCGAAAUAUGAUACUUGGAAGACAAACAGAAUUAAUUUCAAGAUUCAGGGUCACGUAUUCUAUGAUUUUAAAUUUGCAUCGAUCAUCUUCACUAACUCCACAGGACAUUAUGAAGCGUAGUUUUAUGGAAGCAGCAAGUCAUCGAUGGGAGACUAAACAAAGACAACAUUUAUCAGUAUUAAAUAAAAAGUUAAAUGAAACUACUAAAAUAAUUUCACAUAAUAAUAAUACUGAUAAUAAUAUUAGUAAUAUUAUCAUCCAGACAUCAACUAUUACGAUUUCAAAAUCCAUUGGGGGUACUAGUGAUUCGUUUAAAUCUCUGAUUGAUAGUCUUGAUGUACAGGUUAAAUGUCCACAUAAUGGAGUUGAAUGCUGUGAUUCUAUAGGUCAAUACUAUCAAUUGUGUUACAAAUAUCGUCAACUAACAAAUUCAAUUAUUUCUACACUUGAUGUAAAAUAUGCGCAACGUUUACAGCAAAUUUUUUGUCCCGGUCGUUUAAUAUUACUCCAGUUAAUGGUAAACCAGUCUGUUUGGUUAGUACCAGCCGUUAUUAUAAAUUACCAUUGGAAAACAAAGAAUAAUAAUGCUGGAAAUCAAAUAAUGCUCAAUGUUAUUCUGUGGGAACUACCUGUUAAUUUACCGAAUUCGUUGACACUUAUCAAAAAACAGGAAGACGGACAGUCCUCAUCAGAAUUAGCAUUAGUAGUAUCUGGAAGUGAUACUGUCACAUCUGAACAAAUGAAUAAUAACAAGAAUACUAAUUACUAUGAAUAUGAUGAAAUUGAAGAGGAAAUUCUACGUAAUUCCAUUAAUGAAGGUAGAACGACAACAAUACCAGUUCCUCCACAUUUAAUGCCAGUUUUUGUGCCAUUUUCAUUAUGCGAUGGAUAUUCACGUUUAACACGUCAAUCAGUUCCGUUAAGUGAUUCGCUUGUGAGAAUCUGCGAUCAAAUUGUUACCUUCCAAGAUAUGAGAUACAAUCUAGUUGAUAAUGAUAAUUCGAAAUUACCUUUGAGUACUUCAGAACUUUUAUUACAAAGCAUUAAACAACUAAUUAAUAUUCGGCGAAAAGAUGAUACUAAAUUGUUAUCUGUCGAUGUCAAUGAUCAUCAGCUUGAUCAACAUUUACAAGUUAUUAAUUUGGCACUUUUUAAUUGUGUAAAUUCAAUAGUACCACAAGAAUCAGCAUUAACAUCUGCGGUUUACUAUCCUACUCUAAGAAAUACACCAAAACAAAUGGACUUUAAAAUGGAUUUAAACCUUGUAAUGGAUGACGAGGAUAUUUGCUUAUUUGAUGAAUAUUCCACGCUGAAUGAUCAAUUAACAAUUCCUCUUGCAAACGGCACGAUAACAGCAUUCAGUUCAACAAAUCUAUUGAAAUGUCCAAAUUUACUGCAACAUUUAAAACUUGUUCAUCAAACAAUUCGUCGGAAAUUUGCUAUUAAGAGUAUCGAAAAUAAUUUAGCCAAUUAUCAGUUACAACUUUCUAAUGAAUAUACAGGACGUUUGAGUGUUCUGAAAGAACUUGGAUUUAUUGAUUCGGCAACACAAAGCUAUUGCCUUAGUUUUAAAGGUUUCUUUGCAUGUGAAUUAACAAGUAAGGAAGUUUUAUUGACACAACUUUUACUCGACGGUUUUAUUGACGAUUUAUUGGCCCCUGAUAUUGCAGCUGUUCUCUCAGCGUUUUCCAAUGAACUAAGAGCACAAGAUCUUACUCCAGAAAAGACAACUAGCUAUUAUCUUGAAGAAUUAAUUGUUUCAAUAAAUCGUACUGCUUCUACUACUACUACUACUACUACUACUAAUUAUACAAGCAAUUUUAAUCUUCAUAAGGAUUUGGAAUGUAUUCCUCGUCAUUUACUUUUAGUAUUCAAAAACGUUUUAACUCGUGCCUAUGAGCUGGAAACAUUACAACGACGUCAUAACUUAACUGACCCAUAUUUGGAAAGUCGACUCGAUCUACGUAUAGUUCCACUAGUUUAUAAAUGGGCUAAUGGUUAUUCAUUUUCUGCAACCAUAUCAAAAUGUGAUAUACCAGAAGGUUCAUUAAUUAAAAGUUUACUACAAUUGGAUGAAUUAAUUCGUCAUAUUUCUGGUGCAUGUCGUCAAUUUGGUAAUCACAUUUUAAGCUUGAAAAUAGAUGAAGCCAGAGACUUAAUUCAUCGUGAUAUUGUUUGUUCACCAAGUUUAUAUGUUUUACAAGAUAUAAAAUUAGCUAAAGAUGAUUGAAUUAUAUAAUUUUGUGCUUAUUUUUGCACUCAAAACUACAAUUUUCUUUUACUUCAACUUAAAAAGUUUUUUUCCAAAUCUUGUUUUAAGCGUUUCCUGUUUCGGUUUAUCACAUCAAAAUUACUUGUCAUAUGAUUUACGUUUUUCUGAAUGAUGCAAUCAUUACUAC